GGCGAUUGGUUAGUGGGAGGAGAUCUCAAAGUGUUCAAUAAGAUCACGUGGAACGACGGUCUCGAUGACUAUCGGCUGACACCCAAUCAGAUCAAGAAGAGACUCAAAGACAUGAAUGCGGACGCGGUGUUUGCGUUUCAAUUGCGAAACCCCAUACAUAACGGACACGCGUUACUAAUGCAAGAAACCAAACAAACGCUCCUAAAGCGGGAGUUCAAGAAUCCGGUGCUUUUGUUGCACCCAUUGGGCGGUUGGACUAAAGACGAUCGGGAGUUCAAGAAUCCGGUGCUUUUGUUGCACCCAUUGGGCGGUUGGACUAAAGACGAUGACGUGCCCCUCGAUGUCCGCAUACGACAACACGAGGCCGUCCUCCAGGACGGAGUACUGGACGCUAAGAGCACUUUGAUGGCGAUCUUCCCGUCGCCCAUGUCUUACGCGGGUCCGCGCGAAGUCCAGUGGCACGCGAAGGCACGACUCGUGACGGGCGCCAACUUUUACAUCGUGGGCAGAGAUCCGGCCGGACUCCCCCAUCCCGACACCGGCGACGACCUCUACGACCCGACCCACGGCAGCAAAGUGUUGGCUAUGGCUCCGGGGCUCACAAAGUUUGAGAUCAUUCCCUUCAAAGUCGCCGCUUAUAAUAAAGCCGAGAAACGGAUGGAGUUAUUCGACGAGAGGCGCAAACAGGACUUUGAAUUCAUCUCUGGGACCAAAAUGAGAGGCUUUGCCAGAGAGGGUGUGUCCCCUCCCGACGGCUUUAUGGCACCCAAAGCCUGGAAAGUGCUCUCAGAUUUUUAUCAGCAAAAAUGA